CACAACUUGCAUCUGUGAGCCGGUGCGACUUAGUGAGUUUGAUUUAAACCUUUAUAACUAAGUAGUAAUUGUACACAACGUGUAAGUACGCGGAGCUUGUGAUGUUUAACCUGGAGCAGAGUUUACAGACACGCACAUUAACGUUAGCGCGGCUAGCUCGCGUAGCCAGAGUAAACGGCUCUGUAAACAAAGACUGACACUGGGAGCUAAACGGCUACAACCUUCAUAAUAAUACGAUAUUUUGUUUUACUUCAGCCAAAGGUGGCCCAGCUGCAGUCGCCUGGAAGAAUAACGGCCUCUUAUUUGGACCUGAUAAUCAGUUCGUGGUGAUGCUGAUCAUAUAAAAGACCAUGAUCCGGAUAGCUGCUCUUAAUGCAGCCUCUCAGACUGCAGAUGAACAUGAGGAUCACUUCAGGAGUACCAAACCAAGUCAGACUAAGGAAGCUCAGGAGGCACAGGCGUUUGCCCUGUACCACAGAGCUCUUGACCUGCAAAAGCAUGAUAAGUUUGAGGAGUCGGCCAAAGCCUAUCAUGAGCUCCUUAAGACUCCACUGCUUAAGGAGGCAGUGGCGUCUGAAGAUGAGAAGGUUGGGCUCAAACAUCCUGGGCUGAUGCUGAAGUACUCCACUUAUAAAAACUUGGCCAGCCUCGCUGUGCUCCGGGAUGACUUGGAUACAGCAAUGGAUUUCUAUGUGGAGGCUGUUAUGCUGGACUCUACAGAUGUGAAUAUGUGGUAUAAGCUGGGUCAGGUGGCUCUAAGGAGAGUGAGCAUCCCGCUGGCUCGUCAUGCCUUCGAGGUGGGACUACGCUGUAACCCUGACCACUGGCCGUGUCUCGACAGCCUCAUCACUGUCCUGUACACACUCAGUGACUACAGUUGUUGUCUUUACUACAUCUGCAAAGCUUUGGAGAAGGACAUAGGCUACACUAAAGGUCGGGUACUGAAAGAGAAGAUAUUUGAGGAGCAGCCUUGCCUCAGACGAGACUCCAUGAAGAUGUUUUCUAAAGUUGAUAUGAUGGUGUAUCACGGAGAGGUAGACGAGGAGGAAGCUCACAGUAUCGUGGAGGAGGCGCUGGAGCUGAGGAGACAGAGACAGGCCAAACUAACCCGCCAUCCCCGGCCAGACCUUCAGUUGGUGGAGCCCAUCAAACGCUUCACCUGGAAGAGUGUGGGGGAGAGUUUCCUGGCCAUGUAUAAACACCAGAACGAGUGCUUGGUCCCACGCCCUGACUUCGGCCGUAGAAUUGACCUGUCCAUGUAUAAGGACCCAGACUGCCUCCUCCAGACACCUCCCACCACAAUCUCUUCUGCUGCAUCUAUUGCUCUGGCUCCACCUCCACCUCAAGCCAGUGAGCCUCCUCAGCUCUCUACCCCUGCUCCCUUACCUGAGCUUCCCCCUCCCCCUCUGCCAGGCUCCAGCAGCCCAAGCUCCAGCCUGCCCACACCCUGUGAACCUCUGGUCCAGCUGCAGGUGCAGAUCAGCGCCCCAGGACAACUCCCACAGAGCCAAAUAAUCAUAGAGGUUGGCACUGCUGCCACAGUCACUGUUCCUGCUAUUUCGAUUGGAUCUACUGCUGCUGCUGUUGCUGGUGUUGCCACUGCACCCCCUGGUGUGCUUGACUCAGCUUUGAAUGAUAAAGCCAAGAAAGCUCCCAAGAGGAAGAGGGUAAUGGAGGACUGUGCCGAGACUGCCAAGAGGCGCUCAGCACGUGUCCGCAACACUAAAUGCAAGAAGGAGGAGAAGAUUGACUUCCAGGAGCUGCUUCUUAAAUUCCUGCCCUCGCGGCUGAAGAAAUUUGAUGUGGAUGAAGAUGAAGAAAGCCUGAGUAACAUGGACACCCGGUGUGAUGCCAAACCUGCCUCCCAGCUGAAUCAAGGCACUGGCUCCAAUCUCUCUGACUACAUCAGCUCUGUAGAGACAGAGCAUGAAGAGGUGCACUCCUUCCUGCUGGCUAACAUGCAGAAUGGGGGCAUCCUGGAGCUUCUUUUGCGCUAUUUGAAGGUGAUGGGGCAGAAAUUUCCGGAAGAGUGGCCCCCAGGACUUGGUGGAGUGGUGCUGGAUAUUUACAAUUGCUGGAGGAAACACAGCGCAGGGCUCCCCAACCCACUGUUGAGAGAUUCCAACAACCGGCACAUCAAGGAGAUGAUGAUGAUGAGUCUGGCCUGUAUGGAACUGCAGUUGGAGCAGUGGUCUCUCAGUAAGGGAAAGAACAUGUCUCAGAGGAAGAGUAUCUCAGGAGGUGAUCACGGGGAGCUGGACAGCCAGGAGUCCCGAUUCAAGACAGACCUCUUCAUGAUAACCAUGGCCUCCUCGCAGAGAGAUGUGUUUGAGCGCGACUGGCUCUGCUUUGCUGUCAGAGUCCACUGGCUCAAAGCUCGACAUCUUGCGUUUCAGGGUGACAUGGACGAGGCUGUGGAGGGAUAUGACCUGUGUGUAGGACUACUGAAGAGCCAGCCUCAAAGCAGCGAAGGGGAGAAACUCACCUUUUACCUGCCCAACCUCUGUGUGGACUCAGCUAUUUCUGUAGAGGAGAUUGAGAAGAAGCUGAAGUCUCUAGAGAGAUGCCAGUCACUGGAGGAGAUUCAGAGACUCUUUGAGAGUGGAGACUACACCUCUGUGUACAGAUUACUCCAACCAACGCUGAGUUGUGGGCCCAGCUCAGCGCGGCCUAAACCACUAGAGUACAUCAGCUCAGCUCCCGAGAGGCCAGCACAGCUGCUGCUGCUACAGAGCUCCCUGCUGCGCAUGAAGGACUUUGCACAGUGUUUGGAGAGUUCAGAGGUUGCACUGAAUGAGGCCUUGCAGCACCUGAAUGCUGCAUUACCAAGCAGCCCUUCUGCAAAAGAGGAAUGGGUGGCCACGGUAACAGCCAUGCUUCGUGGGAUAGAGCAGUGCAUCACCGAGCAGCCGCAGCUCCUCGCCAGCACGCCGCAGACCACCAACCUGGCCCGCCUCGCCAAUAACCUCAUACAGCUGAUAGACUGCAGCAUGGUGUUGCCUGAUGACCCAAAAGAGCCUCACUUCUCCUCUAUGUUGCCCUGGAUGCUGCUGUACCACCUGCUUAAGCAAGAAGAGGCUGAGUUCGACUGCAUGCUCCGCCAGCACACCGCUGAUGAAGAUGAUGAUGAUGACGACACUCCGCUGUUGCCUUCUUCUCUAAUGCUGCUGAACACGGCUCAUGAGUACCUGGGCCGCCGCUCCUGGUGCUGCAACUCCGAUGGAGCACUGCUUAAAUUCUUUGUGCAAGUGCUAAAGCAGAAGCUGGCUAAAGGUGAAGCUCUGCCAUAUAAAGAGGAGCUGGAGACUGCGCUGGAGCAGUGCUUCUACUGCUUGUACUCAUACCCCAGCAAGAAGAGCAAACCACGCUACCUGGAGGAGCACUCUGCACCACAGGUGGAGCUGCAGUGGAGCGAUGCUCUCUUCAUGUUUGAGUACUUCAAGCCUAAGACCUUGCCAGAGUUUGAUAGCUAUAAGACAAGCACGGUGUCUGCAGAUCUGGCUAACCUGCUGAAGAGGCUUUCUGGAAUCAUCCCCCGCUCAGAUGAGCCCACGCUCUCUUUCGAUGAUGUAUCGGCCUACGUUGAAGGAGGAGCAAUAAAGGUGCCAGGUCUUCCUGAAGGAUCGCCUCCAGCGCCGCCUCUGGUGAAUGAGCUCUUCUACCUCCUGGCUGACUACCACUUCAAGAACAAAGAACAGUCCAAAGCCAUCAAGUUUUACAUGCAUGAUAUCUGUGUGUGCCCCAACAGGUUCGACUCAUGGGCAGGAAUGGCUCUGGCCCGGGCCAGUCGCAUCCAAGACAAGCUGAAUUCCAAUGAGCUGAAGAGUGAUGGGCCCAUUUGGAAGCACUCUUUGGCUGUGCUGACCUGCUUCAAGCGGGCGCUGGAGAUCGACAGCUCUAACCUGUGCCUGUGGAUCGAGUACGGCACCAUGUCCUACGCCCUGCACUCCUUUGCCUCCAGACAGCUCAAACAGUGGAAGAACGAGCUGCCGGCAGAGCUUGGCAAACAGAUGGAGGAGCGCAGGGAUUCAAUGCUGGAGACUGCAUAUCAGUGCUUUCAGAGUGCAUCUGCGUGUGGCGGCGACUGUAAUGAGGAAGAGUGGCUCAUCCACUACAUGCUGGGCAAGAUCGCCGAGAAACGCAAGCUACCUCCUAAAGACUACCUGCAGCUCUACAAACAGUCUGCCCAUUAUCUCCAUGAGGAGGCUGCCCGAUACCCCCGAAAAAUCCACUACCACAACCCUCCUGAUCUGGCCAUGGAGGCUCUGGAGUUGUUCUUUCGUCUGACUGCCACUAUUCUGAAGCUGCUGGAAGAAGAGCGUGAUAGUGAGCAAUCCGAGCUACAGAAGAACGUUCUGGAUUACGAGCUUUUCUUCAACAUGCUCGCAGAAUCUGCUGUUGGGCCUUUUGCUCGUGGAGAGGAGAAGAACAUGCCCAAAACCAGUGACAAGGAAAAACACCCUUCUUUGAAUGACGAAGAUUCUCACUCCUCCUCAAUGGGCGUAGCAGCGGCGGUGACCUCAGCACUGACCUCCACAUCGAAUUCCACGUUGACCGCCGUUCAUGCGGCAACAUCAUUGCCUGGCGACGGUGCGGCAGGUGUGACUUCCCCCCCGUGUGCAGUCACUCCAGUCGACCACGAUUACGCCAAACGUAAAAAGCUGCAGCAGAGGCAGGGGCAGCCGCAGGACGAGCAAAGUCAGGACAGCGUGGCGGUCUUGUCCGACUCCAACUCCCUACAGGACGUGUUUUUGGACCCCACCAGCUCACAGGACAGCAGCCACAAGCUGGAUUCUGGGAAAUGCCGUUCCUUUUCUGAGGACACCAACACACUAUUAAAAGACAAGCCAUCGACAGCAGAGGAGCCAGGCGCCUCAGAGGAAAAGCAGAUGGACAUCAGCUCCACCACACUCUCCCAGGAAUCCUCAGUCACCCAGGAGUCUUCAGACACCACGCUGUCCAUCAUGUCUCCUGAGGUCACUUUGCCAAAAACCAUGACUACUGAUGCACACAGUCAGCCUCCACACACUGCCCUCCACACCACCCCGCCCAAAUCUGGUCCCGCCCCACUGGUAGGGCUUUCUAGUGACGGCAAGCGUCGACCUGAGCCUCCCACCCCGCUGGAACUGCUGGAGGUGCCACGGGCCCUGCCUGCAGGCCGAGUGGAGCAGAAGAAGGUGCUGGUGGACAUGUGCGUGAGGGCGCUCUUCGUGUGCCUCGGCCGUUUCCCUCAGCACUACAAGAGCCUGUAUCGGCUCGCCCACCUCUACGCCUACAGCAAGACCCACAAGAACCUGCAAUGGGCAAGGGAUGUGUUGCUAGGGAGCAGUGUCCCAUGGCAACAGCUGAAGCACAUGCCAGCGCAAGGACUUUUCUGCGAGAGGAACAAGACCAAUUUGUUCAAUGGCAUCUGGCGUAUUCCAGUAGAUGAAAUCGAUCGGCCGGGCAGUUUUGCGUCUCAUAUGAACAGAUCCAUCGUGCUCCUGCUGGAUGUUCUGUGUCAGUUAAGGGAUCACGACACCCUGCUCAAAAUUUCCCUCAUGCUCCAGAGAACCCCUGACCAGGGAAAGAAAUAUUUACGGGAUGUGGACCGGCAGGUUUUGGCCAAACGCGCCUUCUUCUUCACUGUGAAAGUGCUGGAGGACAAUCUGGAUAAACUAACUGCGAUAUCCGAUCCGUCUCUUAAACCUUCCACCUCCUCCAUGGGUGAGAUGACCACAGCCGACGUGUCCAGCCGGCCUCCUGCCACAGAGGACCCCAAAUGCUCUCAACCUCCACGACCUAAACAAAGCCUCCCAGAUGCAGCCUCUACUCCAGGCACGGACAUCACACCCUCAGAAACGUCCCAGCACCAGGCUGGUCCACCUCACCCCUCUUUACAACCUGGGAUCCAGGCCCAAGGCACAGCAACCUCUGCUCAGCCCAAAGAAAGCAGCUCAGGCUUGGGAGAGCCCAUGGAGCUUGGUCCAUCACCCUGGAUGGGUACCACCAAACUUAGAGACCCACAAACACCAACUGAUGGUGUUCCACCAGAGCAUGGAAGGUCAGUAGCAGAGGGGGCAGAAAAAGUUCAAGAAAGCAGCCGGACUCCAGAAUUAUCGCUGGAGGAGUUGAGCAUUAGCUCCAAACACCAGCUGAUGCAGGUUCAGGCAAGCACGGCUAAAGGACCGCAUGCUAUGGCUGUUAGUUGCCCUGCCAGCCAGACUGGCAGUCAGGAAUUGAGUUUGUUGAGGCGGCCUAGUAGGAAAAGGAAACUUCUGGAGGAUGUGGAGUCCGGCAAGACGCUCCUUUUGGAUGCUUACAGAGUGUGGCAGCAGGGUCAAAAGGUCAUGACGUAUGACCUCGGGCGCAUCGAGAAGAUCAUGUCGGAGACGUACAUGCUGAUCAAACAGGUGGACGAGGAUGUGGCUUUGGAUCAAGCGGUGAAAUUCUGUCAGAUUCAGAUGGCAUCAGCACAAAGACAGAAUUCCAGUGAUGCCCCCACAACUCCAAAGUUCAACAAAGAGCAGCGAGACAUCUUCUUCCCUGCUUCCUUCUCCACUCCAUGCCUGCACGCACACACACACACCCUACCCUCCCAGGAACAUGAAACCAAACUAAAUAAGCCUGCACGUCCAAUUCACACACACUCUCAUACACACUCACACACACAUACUCCCAGCACGCCCACGCAGCUCUACUGCCAGCCCCCAGGCCAGCAGGACCACUCACAGUCCAGGACGACACACAGUCAUCCGAUAGUAGGCAUGGCGUUCCUGCCCCACACAGAGGACAGAGAAGCCCCCGCUCCUGAGGGUCUGGUGUACAGACAGCAGGAGUCUCACUUGUGUCAGCAGAUGAAGAUGGCCACAGUCUCGCACAGUCACGACACUCAGGAGUGGAGCAGCCAUGAGACCGCCACCUGCUCCACACAUUCCAGCACAGCAGAGAGUCUUGACCAGUCGAAACAGGGAGACUCCAGCCGGAUCCGCUCCAGAAUCCCCCCCAACAUGCCUAAACUGCUCAUCCCCUCCACUGCCACAAAAUUCCCCCCAGAGAUAACCGUCACACCUCCAACACCCACACUGCUCUCACCCAAAGGCAGCAUCUCAGAGGAAACCAAACAGAAGCUCAAAAAUGUAAUUCUGGCCUCUCAGUCAGCAGCUAAUGUUAAGAAGGACACCCUGACCCAGCCGGCGCUGGAGGUGCAAGAGACGUCCAGCCAGGAGUCCUCACUGGACAGUGAGUCUGACGAAGAGGAUGAUUACAUGGACAUUUGAACUUGGAACUUUAACCUCUAGCCUCCAGGGGGCACCAAAGAGCCCUGGACAAUCCCUAAAGCACCAGGAGGCAAACAUCUUUCUUUCACUCUUUCUUUCUUUCUCUCUCUCGCUCUCUCUCUCAUUCUUAUACUUUCCUCUUGUUCAUAUGCUCAUUCUUUUGUCUCGAAGCAAUGGAAUGUCCCAGUUCCGCUGCAGUGUUUGUGCACUUGGUCUCUUCGUCCUGCAGCAGUAUGCACGUAAUUCAGCAAAAGGGCUUUUCUCCCCAAACUUGUCUCGAACUUCAGCUAGCCAUGGACUGUGGUUUUGAUUUUGCUUUUUGUUGUGGAUCAGCGAUGCUGCAAAAGUGCCAUUUUUUACUCCACUAGUCUCAGCAAAACUGCAGCUAAACAGCAUUCUGUGGCAGAAACAGCAGCUUCUAAAUGCCACUACAGGUGACUUUCUUUUACAAGUCCACAGAGGCUUUUAUACCAGGGACCUAUGCAGACAGUCUGUUUGAUGCAACGCGUUCUAAAACACAGCCAGAGGGGCAUUAGAUCAACGGCGUGAGUAUUUUUUCCCCCAGCGUUUGAAAGAAACUUUCAUUUGGCUGCACUCAGUGUAAAUGAAAUUCGAGUUUACAUGGCAAGCAAGGUGCUUAAACACAGACCCGUGCUGCAGUGGCGUAUCAACCAAAAGCAGAUCAUUUUUCCCCUCUGAAGCCGUCAGCAUGCAAGCACAGACGUUUUCAAGAAUUGUGCAUAUGUGAGUUUUUCACGUGUUUGUGUGCGUGUUAAGGGUGGAUAUUGUGCUAUCCACGGUGAAGCCCCUUGCUUUAAGCAUGGCUGCCUUUUGCUUGUGUGACUGUCUGUGCUUUAGCAAUCAGCCUCUCCAAGACUUUGUCCAGUCCAACCUGCUAACAACGGCAUGAGUUUACAGUUUUCAGUAGUGUUGACAGAUUUUUUAAACCACUUUCUAAACUGUUUGCCACAAACGUUUUGGUUACUUUUGGAUAAUGACUGAGUGUACAUUGUGUUUGGAGGACAAAGUAAAUGGCUUCUAAACCAUAUUUAGACCGGCAGGUUUCAUAAUGUUGGAACUUUUUUGGAAUACUUUGGCAAAGUUCAAAACAAUUGACCAUUCCUGGCUCCGCCCACAAAUGGGUUCAUGCUUAUUAAGCUUGGACAAGCUUUACACAACGUCGGCAGAAACGUCUUUCAGCCUAAUGAGAAAUUGUAGUUCCAGGUGGCAUAUCUGCACCGAUGGGUGUCGGUAUCGGGACUAUAUCAAUGCUGGAUCGGAUGUCAGAAAUGCAAUAGCACAACAACAUUAGCCUAACAGACCCUGCUGUAGGGAAGUGGAGUGCUCCAGUUGAUUGAGUGUGAUGGCUGGCUUUUAGAUGCGUAGAUCUUAAGCACUCAGUUUAAAAACGGUUCAUUUUAGAGCUUAGUGGAAUAUAUUGGAUGAGUAUUAGAAAAGCCCUGCGAUGGACUCGCGGCCUGUCCAGGGUGUUUCCUGCCUUCUGCCCAGUAAGCGCUGGGAUGGGCUCCAGCAAUCCCCACGAUCCAGGAGGAUAAGAAACCUAGAAGAUGGAUGGAUGGUACUGGGAAAGUAACAUGUCACAGCUUAUCAGAAUCAGUUCAUCAACAACCGAAUUCACCACCAUGCUGUGUUAGCUUGGUUACAUUUUAAAAUGAAUGUGAAUUGAAGAACACACUCCGCUACAGUUUCUAUUAGGCUGAACAGGUUUUUACUAAUGUUCUGUAAAGCCUGCCUAACUUCACAGCAGUUGCUACAAAAGAACAGGACUGUGGGUGCAGCGUGGACGGGUCAACCACUGGUAUUCUGUUCAGAGAAUUUUCUACUGAAUCUGCUUUUCUUUGUAUUACUCUGAGUCCUGUUCUGUCGUAGUCUGUAAUGUUUUCUUUUGUACUCGUUGUUACUUGUAUUAUUACCUUUUGCAGGUUUUUGGGGAUCAUAGCUGAAAGGGAGAGAGCGUGAGAGAGUUAUAAGCACGCAGGCUCAUAGACCUGCCACCAGCAUUGUGAAGAAGCGUGGGUUGACUUGUCUGUUGGUAUAUAUAUCGCACUUAAAAUGGAAGGAGCUCCACCAGUUUUGUUAUAUGAUCAGGCUUGUUGUGUCUAGCAUCAUACUAACAUAAAAUGGCUUUUUCAUGGUCUUUUGUCCUUCAGACCGUAAGGAAAGGGAGGUAAACAGAUUUAUUUCUGAUGAUGAAAGGCUCACGGAAUGGCGUUUAUAGUGCCAUGAAGCUGAGACGGGAAAAACUGAUGCAUUGAAUUAACUUGAUUCAAAUGUAAACAUUGUUUCCUGCUUGAAUUAAAAUAUAUUACAGUAACAGCUCAGUUAUGCAUCAGAAUUACACAUUACGUCCCUUCUUGCUGAAAGUUAGCGAAUACUAAAAAUUGUAUCAUUAUGGGCAUAUAAAAAUUUAUUUACACUGUUUUUUUAAAAAAAAUACCAGCGGCUCUUUAGAACGUGUGAACAUUUCAUGAUAAAUGGACCAAGAGAAAUGGUCCACAGUUAUUUCUGGUCCAGUACAUUAACAUACGUCAAGCCGUUAAUAGUAGUGUUCAUAUUUGAAAUGUUACAUUUCCUUUGGUCCAUAUGUUCUCUGAGCUUGCUUGAGCACAAUAAUUGUCAAUCAAAUCAAUCCAAAUACGUAAAUAAAUAGUUUUAUCUCUUAAUUUAUCAUAUUAUUCAAUUUGUUGAUCGUACUGUAGUACUGAUUUUGAACAUAACAAUAAAAAAUCUAAAUUUCUUUGGGUUGAAGUUUAAAAUGUACUUAAGCCAAAUGGUAACCGCUAAGGGUUCAUCCAGGGUAUAAAUAAACAAAAUGUUGCCAAUUUUAUGUUCAUGUAUCAGUCACAACAUGCUUUAGUUGGUGGACGUGAAUGGGUUAGUUAUGAAAGAUAAAGUCUAUUCCUUUUCUUACAAUAAAGGUCUUCUAAUCUGGACCUUGAAUCCGUUGUCCAGUCCUGGAUUUUCUACUCUCCAGCAGUUUAUUGAUAUGUUAAUGUAACUGAUUGGCUUCCUAGUGUCAUACGUACCAGAGAUUAGAAAUCCAGGACGGAAACUGGAUUCAACUGAUUUGAAGACCUCUGUUGCCACUUGAAGUGCCAAAGUUUCAUUACAGCAGUGUCAGUAUUCUACUAAUGUGUUGUGAGCAUCUGAAUCAAGUCAAUUAAUGAAUGAACUUUUUCAGUGUAGCAUGAUACUGGACACAACUGUGGCGCUGAUCGCUGGUGUGGUGACCUUCUGGCUGUAGAUGCAUUAAGUGCAUGUCUGAGGAAGAACUGAUUAUAUUUUUGGAGAAAUUAAUAUGACACACUAUGUGUUGUGCUGAAUUAAGCUUGUGCUUUGCCUUCCCCACAGAUCACUUGUGGAGAUCAUGUUGACCUCCUUUCCAAGCAGCUGAAUGUUGUUUCUUUUUUUUCUACGUAACGUUUUGUACGAGUAGACGGAUGAAUAGCCUCCAGUAUUUUUCUUGAUCACUGUUUUCCGAUGAUGAUUUUUUAGCUUGGGUUGACUGAAAAAAAAGGAAAUGCAAUGGACAUUAGACAUAUGCGCCUGACCAAACUACCUGUAAACAGAUAAAGAUGUUUGUAUUUUUCUCUGGAUUUUUUUUGUAUGGCUCUGCUGUGCUUGUACUGAGAAUGUAACAUGGUGGAGGAAUGACCGAGGGUGUGGGCACUAUUCUCAGCCUCUGUGGAGACAGGCCUUUUACUGUGCUCAGACUUGUUCUAACAGAGGGUUGAUAUUUUCUCUUACUUUCUGACUUGCUGCAUUAAAAAUGUCACAAAACCAAAAAUAACACUUGAUAACACUUUUUUUA